AUGAACAUUCGACCUUACGUAAUGAACCUUCGACUUCGUGUAAUGAACCUUCGACGUCAUAUAUUGAACCUUCGACCUCAUAUAAUGAACCUUCCACCGCAUGUAAUGAACCCACGACAUCGUUCAAAAAUAUUGAGAUUUCAUUGCCUAUCGGAGAAAGCAAGUGUAAGAACAAGAGGUGGACAUGUUGGAAAAAGUUCCAGGACCGGAAAAAUAUUGAAACAAAACUCAGAAACAGAAACAGAUGUAGCUGGCCAAGGGAAAAGACGAAGAGUUAGAACUAGAGGAGGUUCUGCAUCUUCUAUCACUCACCAGUUAAGAACUGGUCGUGACUUGUGUCAAAUAUAUAGUGUACAAGUGCCUAUUGAGGAGGAGCUUUCGGCAAUAUUAAAUGAUAAUGAUGAGCGAGAUAAUUGCGCAAGGGCCCAAUUUCAGGCGCAAGAACUUUCAGAUAAACAACUUCUGGACAUACUUGAAGCUUCUGAUGACAAUUUCGAUGAUGAGGUUCUAGAUGAAAAUUUUCUUAACAAUUUUGAUGAUUCUGAUUCAGAUGAUGAUAAUAUGAUACCAACUGAAACCUUCGCACCUCCAACUAGUGAUGGUGAGUGUUUAAAUUGGUCGGACCAAAUAUCCCACAUAAAAGAUAUUGCUUUUAUAGGAAACCCAAUGGGGUUAAAUGUACAACUAGAAGCAACUGAACCUAUCAACUUUUUUUAA